AUGUGGGAAAAAUGUGUGGAAAGCAUCUGGAGAGGAGGAGACCCCCUUUACCAGCUUGUUUCCUGUUCUGUGACUGGCUGCCAUGUAAUCUUUUCUUCGUGCAAUCGUAUCUACCUGCACAGGCAGUCAAGCAAUCAACAGCGAAGAUGCUUCUUUUUUCAGGGACAAAGAAAUACUGCUUAUAGUAUAGUUUGGCCAGCCACGGUUUCUCCAGCUCACCCAGUUCCUAAGCACAUAAAGAAGCCAGACUAUGUGACGACAGGCAUUGUACCAGACUGGGGAGACGACAUAGAAAUUAAGAACGAAGAUCAGAUUCAAGGGCUUCGUCAAGCUUGUCAAUUGGCCCGUCAUGUCCUGCUUCUGGCUGGAAAGGGCUUAAAGGUUGGCAUGACAACUGAAGAAAUAGAUUCCAUUGUUCAUCAUGAAAUAAUCAGACAGAAUGCCUAUCCGUCACCUCUGGGCUAUGGAGGUUUUCCAAAAUCUGUUUGUACUUCUGUAAACAACGUGGUAUGUCAUGGUAUUCCUGACAGUCGACCUCUUCAGGAUGGAGAUAUUAUCAACAUUGAUGUCACGGUGUAUUACAAUGGCUACCAUGGUGACACUUCUGAAACCUUUUUGGUGGGCAAUGUGGAUAAAUCUGGUCAAAAGUUAGUGGAGGUUGCCAGGAAAUGUAGAGAUGAAGCAAUUGCAGCUUGCAGACCAGGGGCUCCCUUCUCUGUAAUUGGAAACACAAUCAGCUCCGUGGCGCGGCGCGGCGGCUUCCAGGUCUGCCCUUCCUUCGUCGGCCACGGCAUCGGGUCGUACUUCCACGGGCACCCCGAGGUGUGGCACCACGCCAAUGACAGUGAUUUGUUAAUGGAAGAGGGAAUGGCGUUCACAAUAGAGCCAAUAAUAAUGGAAGGAUCCGCCGAAUUUCAGAUUCUGAAGGAUAAAUGGACUGCAAUUUCUGUAGACAAUAAAAGAUCAGCGCAGUUUGAACAUACCAUUGUGAUUACCUCAGAGGGAGCAGAAAUCCUCUCUAAACUGGUGGAAGAAGCCUAAAGAUGGAGCAAGGAGUGGAGGGUCUCGCUGUACUUCUGGGAUUUCCAGUUUCAGUCAGGACAGAGAGGAGUUUUCUGUAAUUUCUUUGGGGAAUGGGUGCUGCAUAAGUCGCUGCAGGGGACAGAAAAAGCAGCUUGAGGGGUCGGCUCUGGAAAUAGUCCUUUCUGUGUGUUACCUGGUGAGUAUUUAAUAAA